AAAACAGAAAACAACACCUAUGAACACAAAAUAAGCGAAACGAGAUAAAAGACAAUCACAAGCGUCUCUAACAUUUUAAAACGUCUUCAACGUAUUUUUGUGCUUGUGUUGUAUAAAAUCUUGUUCCUGUUUUAUUGCAACGAUGAUUGAUGAACUAAAAGAUGAUAACCACUAGCAAGGUAAUCCUGCUUUCAGCAUUCCUGUUGUCAGUGGUCACUCAACUGUGGUGUGCUCCUAUUCCUAUUAUUUCAAUAGGAAAUAAACCGCAUGACGACGAAACCGAUUCAAGUUCAUCAUCUGAGAUAUCUGAAAACGACAAGUUCAGUAUGGGUCAUCCGCGAGUUCCAGCAACUCACAUGUUUAAUGACUUAGAAACCAAGGCGACAAUCAGAAACGAGGUCAGCUAUGAACCACAUCGCGGACAGAUGUUCACGCCAAACGUCGGCUCUUCACACUGGACAAACGAUUACAAACUUGGUAUGAGGACCAUGAAUAAACUCUUCGAGGAAGGCGAGAGAUUUGACCAGAAGAUCAACUAUCUUAUAGAAAAAAAGAACGCUUAUCUCAACGGCAAAAAUUCCUUUAAGGUUUUCAUGAUAAAAGAUAUAGGACCUGAUAGCAACCUGGUAUCAGAUAUUGAUACCCACGACAGGCUAGACAGUAAACAGAACGUUAAGAACAUAACCGAGAAUGGAAAAAUACUUACAGAAAGAAUAUUCUCAUUACCGUUCAAGAGUGAUAUUACCAAAAGUUUUGAAAAUAUCGGACCUGGUAACGUUUUUCAUAUGAGUCAGUCGUUUGAUAACGGAAAUAAAGUUUUGAAAGGACUACUUGAUGAGAUUAAAUAUGGCAGUAUUUUAUCGAAAGCAGAUCCGGUAGGCGUUGAAGAUCCAUAUAGAGAUACAUUGCUUGAUACUCCAAUUCCUAAAAGAAUUAGGACUAAUACUGAGCAUAGUAGUAUAACGAAGGGACAUAGCGACAACUUCAUGGAUAUUAAUGUGAAAGAUAUUGGUAACUUGCGUGAAAGUCGAGGACAAUCAAAAUUCCUUAUUGAUGAUAGUGAUUUGUCUCAAGGAUUCGGUAAUGAUGAUGAUGGAGAAGAUAGUGAGGACGCGGAUAGCAAGGCCAGUCAAAGCGGUGCUGAAGCGUCGAGUGAAGCAGGAAGUAAAAUCGUAAGCGACGAAGCUACCAAAGAAGAUGAAAAUGAGGAUGACGAUUCUGAGGACGAUGAGGAUGGUGGAGAAGAGGAAAGUAAAGAAAGUAAAGAAUCGUUGGAGAGAGAGGAAGAAACAGGAAAGAAGGCGGCUGAAAGUGCGAAUGAGAGCGGAGAAGAGGAGAGUGAUGAAGAAACAGAAGAAGAAGAUGAUGAUGAUGAAGACGACCUGAUGCAAAUGAAAUUAGGAGAACCAGAGCUAGGUAUGGGUGUCGUUGAUGAAGAAGGAGAAGAUAACAACGGUUCUAAUAGCAGUGACAGCGAUUCCGAGGAAGAUGAUGAUGACGAUGAUGAUGGGAAUAAUGGCAAUGGUAAUGGUAAUAAUAAUUGUGUUAAUGGUAAUUUUGAAGAUGGCUGUAACGGUAAUAAAAAUAAGGAUACUGGUGGCUAUAACGGUAAUAAAAAUGAAGAUACUGGUGGUUCUGAUAGUGAUGAUGAUGACGAUGAUGAAAUUGGGAAUGGCAACGUCUCCGACCAGGAUGAAGACGAUAAUGACAAUGGAGCUGAAAAGUUGAUUAUGGCAGAUAUUAAAAAACAUAUAGAAAUGGGAAAAGAUAAAAGAGGUACUUGGUUUGCUCGUAAAAAAACGAAGCCGAAAGCGCAGAAAAAGAAAUCCGUGACCAUUAAGGUGACUCAUGCAAAAAAGGGGAAUAAACAUCGCGUUUCAAUCAAACAAAAAGCGCCAAAGACGAAAUCCCAUAGCAAAAGGCAUAACCAUAAGCAUGGAAUACAUUUGAACAUAACAACUAAAAUGUCAAAGAAAGAUGACCCCGAUGAUUUGGGCGAAAAAUUCACUGAGUAUGAUAAAGAUGCACCUGAUAUGAUGAAAUCACUCUUCAUGACCAACAUAACUAUUACAAAUUCCUCGGCUGGCUUGAGAAAUACAUUAGGAAAUGAUGAUAGCAAUGAAUCAGCAGAAAGUACAAAGACAGACGAUAGCAAGCCGCAAAGCACAAAGUCGCCAUCUCCUCUGGCUUCUUAUAAAAUAGUAGGCGAAAAGCCACCACUAAAAAUAACAAUGAAUAUUUCUAAACAAAAGGACACUUCUGCGCAAGGAGAUGGUGAAGGUAUCGAAAAAGAAUUUAAUCCUUCAGAAAUAGAUUCAUUCAUCAAACAACUGAAAAGUGUCUAUGAUGAUGAUGAUGACUUUAUCAUGUUCUUAAUGAAACUGCUAAAGAAGGAAUUAAGAUCACGGCUUUCUAAAAACUAA